CCUUGCGCGAGAUUCACCACAUGCACAUGUCAAAUUUUCAAUUUACAAAAGAUAUACUUUCACCAAUAUCCUGGUCUAAGGUGAAGAGAUCUGAAAAUGUCGGGAGGUUUUGGUAAAGAAGACGUUUACCAGUACACCAAUGAAAGCAGUGGGAUCCGCUUGCCUCAGUCGCAACCGAAAGUUUUGACAGCCGUUGGUCGUGGAAGAGGAAGGGGACAGGCACGAGAAGACCCAGUUGCAGAAGCUGGACCACAAUAUCGGCAAUUUCCAAUCUUGGAGCAAAGAUCAGCUCAGACAACACCAGAGCCAGCCCAGCCCAAGCAGUCAAACAUGGCGUUCCAGUAUGCCUUGGCUGCCAGGACUGAGGGUCUGCGGAGACAUGAUACUGAUCCUUUGGCUACUGCUGUACGACAGGCACAGGUGCCUUUCAAGGAACAUAGAGAUGCUAAGAGGGAGGCGGAGAGAAGGAGAGCCGAACAAAAAUAUAUUCCAGGUCUUACCCCACGUCCUGUGGAAAUGGAACCGCCACCAGGCUUGAUUGAGAAGGGAAAUACCCCAAAGAAAGUGCCACCAGAGCUCAUUAAAGCAUUUCUCAAUGGAGCCAAGCACCCAGUCAGUGCAAUCAUGGAAUAUUCGUCCAUGGUGAGAGCAGAAACAUCGUUUCGUGAAGUCUGUGUGGAGAGGCCCUCAUUUAAAGCCAAGUUUGCUAGCGUUUGUACAGUGAAUGGUGUCUCAUACCCUCAGGGCACUGGUCCUACUAAGAAAGAUGCCAAGACUGAGGCAGCAAAGUUGGCUUUCACAGCCAUUUUGGGCAUUGAAGAUGAUGAUAUAGAUGAAGGGGAGAGUGACACUAUGAUAUACGAUUCAUUUGGUCGGUGUGUUCAACUAGAUUCAAAGACUCCGAUAACUGGGCCUCUACCACCUCCAGUAACAGCUCAGAAUUUGGCGACGCUUCCCAUGGAAAUGUUGGCAAAUCCUGUCAGCAAGUUAUCGGAAUAUUGUCAGAAGAUCCACUUGCCAUAUAUUCUGACAGUAAAUGAUGGUUGGGAUGAAAAUAAGAGGCCUCAGUACACAGCUGCCAUUAUCAUCAGAGAGAAACCCAUUGCGUCUGGUGUCGGUAAGAGCAAGAAAGAUGCAAAGAAACUUGCUUGCAGCCAAGCAUUGGUUGUACUACAAACUGGCCAGAUUCAAUUUGGAGAUGAUGAGGAGGUCACCUUUCACGACAGUAUUGCUUUGAUGUGCCACAAAACACAUAUAAAACUUCUGAAAAAGUGUCCCAACCAUUUCUGGGGUGGAAAAAUUAUGGCAGCAUUUGUGUUGAAACUGAGUGACAAAGAUGGAGGCCAUGUUGUCUCGUUAGGUACGGGGUGCUCAAGUCUAUUUGCUGGCAGGCUGGGUGCGGAUGGUAGAAGUCUGACAGAUGGUCAUGCAGAGGUUGUUGCCAGGAGAGGACUCCUAAGAUACUUCCACCGUAAGAUCAAGGAGUAUUAUGAGAGCCCACCUGCUUGCAAGUCAGCGAGUUUGUUCAAUCAGAAACCCGGCAGCUUUAAACUUGUCCUGAAACCAAACAUCUCCAUUCAUCUAUAUAUCAGCGAUGCACCGUAUGGAGACGCUUCAGCUUUUCUCGACGAACCAAGUGCCCCACUGGAUGAAAAGCAAGAGGAACUGAUCAAAGGAGGUGCCCACUUUCCCAACUUUACUGAAGGAGAGGAAUUCAUGGGCUUGCUGUCUUUGAAGUCUGAAAAUGAACAAAUGGCCUCACCUGUGUGUAUGAGUGAUAUUCCUAGUCCGACCAUGGAGAGCAUCCAAGCCGGUCAAUCUAUUACUGUGAUGUCAACAAGUGAUAAGAUCCUCAGCUGGAACAUACUUGGUCUCCAGGGGGCUCUCAUUGGCUGCUUCCUUGAACCUGUCUACUUGUCGACAGUUACUAUUGGCCAGAAUUUUGACCAUGGACACCAGGCGCGUGCUUUUUGCUGCCGUGUUGAUGACAAGAUUAAUGACUCGUUACCAGCAGGUUUUAGGCUGAACCACCCACGACUUGACACCAUUAAUAAAUAUGACGAAUCUUGGAAAUGUCCCAUCGUGAAUACAAUUAGCGUGAACUGGAUGCAUGGAGAUGGUGACAACCAGAUUGAAGUAGUCGAUACCAGCACUGGUAAAAGUGUUGAAACUUCUCCAUUCAGGACGAGUGCAUUUGGAGCAAGUCGCAUUAGCAAAGCAGGAUUCUUGUUCAGAUUCCGUGAGUUAGCAAAAGCUGCAAAGGUUCGGCAGCUUUACGAUGCAAAAACUUAUGCCAGUGCAAAGACAAUGAAUGAACCUUAUCAACAGGCAAAGAAGGUAUUCCAUCAACAUCUUGCUGAUGCCAAUUUUGGAACUUGGUUCAGGAAACCUUAUCAGAUGCAGAUGUUUGCUAAGUAAUUGACAGUUAUGUACAAAAGUACAUUCGAUACAGUCUGGGUCAGAAGAAAAUAGCACCCUGAUUUUUGCAAUAUUUUCUUGGUCCAAUGAAUGUAAGUUAGACUUUCGCUUCAGCAGGUUGCUAUUAACUUUGGACUCACAUUGUAUAUGUACUCUGUGUACUUACAUGUAGUACAUAGCUCUUGAACUUCUCGCACAGGCAGCUGGAUAACAAUCCCCUGUCAGAGAAUGCCCAUCUGUGUGGUCGGGGAGGAAAAUCUUUUAUAGCAUUUGUAAAUUGUUUGGACCAUGGAGGUAUGGAAAAGCAGUAUGGCCACACCCCUCUCUCUAGCUACUUUCUAUGGCCGAUUAGUCACGGAAGUUGCCGAUCGCGACUCGGAAACUAGCUCGGCAGUUUCCGAUACUUUCCGACAUAACGCGCUCGGCCGGCCGGGGUAUUGGAAGGGAUUGUUGUCCAAACAUCGGAAGGAUGAUUGUAUCCUUUGAAGCGGGCUCCGUUCUCUCUCCUUCUUAAUAAUACCUCCAUGUUUGGACACAGCAGAAGGUGGUGGUUCUUGGUUGAGUCGGCAUACUGAUAUAGAGAUGAUGUUGAUCUGUGGUGCCAGCUGUAUCAUGAACCAGAGUGCAUGUUACUGUGAUUGUUAAGAGUUUAUAUUUACCAUUAACACCUCGGCGCCGAACCACGUAGAUCUACGUGGCCCAAAUCCCCCCUCUUUGAGCUGGUUAUCGGAAUCUCAUGGACUUCAUGGAAGAACUACGCCAUCGCCAUCUUCAGGGCAAGGUAGCGACUGAAGAGACCAAACGGGUCUUUUCAGUGCCUCUCGUGCCCUGAAGAUGGCGAUGGCGUAGUUCAGAACUUUAUGACUUCAUGAAAGAACUACGCCAUCGCCAUCUUCAGGGCAAGGUAGGAACUGUGUCUUUCAGUUUUCAGUUCCUACCUUGCCCUGAAGAUGGCGAUGGCGUAGUUCAGACACAGUUCUUACCUUGCCCUGAAGAUGGCGAUGGCGCAAGUUCUUUCAUGAAGUCCAUGAGACUCCGAAAACCAGCUCAAAGGGGAGGGGGGGG